GCCGUUGAUUUCUCCCCUUUUUCUCCCCCGGUCUCCGUUUCAGACCUGCAGACUACUGUGGUGUUUUUACUUAAGAGUGUGAUUUUCGUAGAUAACCAAAGAUCAUCAAUGGCCAAACACGAAGAGCUUCCUAUUCCGAUUUACUCUUCCUUAGAGCAUGUGUAUGGGGACGGUUCUCCGCUCGAAGAAGCUCAGCUUAGAUACGACACAUUGAAAUCCAAGUUUCUUCAAGUCUUUGGACAUCCUCCUGACGUCUAUGCUCGAUCUCCAGGGAGAGUGAACUUGAUUGGGGAGCAUAUUGACUAUGAAGGUUACUCGGUGCUGCCGAUGGCAAUCCGGCAAGACACCAUCGUUGCAAUCCGCAAGCAUGACGCGGGAGAGGCUCAAAAGUUUAUUCGUAUCGCUAAUGUUAAUGACAAGUACACCCUUUGUACUUAUCCUGCUGAUCCUAACCAGGAAAUUGACUUGAAAAAUCAUAGAUGGGGCCACUAUUUCAUAUGUGGGUACAAAGGUUUUUAUGAAUAUGCUAAAUCAAAAGGAGUGGAUGUUGGUGUGCCAGUUGGACUUGAUGUUCUUGUUGAUGGAACUGUCCCAACAGGUUCUGGUCUAUCAAGCUCUGCGGCGUUUGUCUGUUCUUCUACAAUUGCUGUUAUGGCUGCUUUUAAUGUGAACUUUCCAAAGAAAGAAAUUGCCCAGCUUACAUGUGAGUGUGAAAGGCACAUUGGAACACAAUCUGGAGGAAUGGAUCAGGCAAUCUCUGUCAUGGCCCAAACAGGGUUCGCUGAGCUUAUUGAUUUCAAUCCUAUUCGGGCCACUGAUGUGCAACUUCCUGCUGGUGGGACUUUUGUAAUUGCACAUUCAUUGGCAGAAUCUCUGAAGGCUGUUACUGCUGCUACAAAUUAUAACAACAGAGUUGUUGAAUGUCAACUUGCUGCUAUUGUGCUUGCAAUAAAGCUUGGAAUGAAACCACAAGAUGCAAGAUCAAAAGUGAAAACCCUUUCUGAUGUUGAGGGAUUGUGCGUCUCAUUUGCUAGUAGUCAUGGUUCUUCUGAUCCUGUUGCUGCUGUUAAGGAAUUUUUAAAAGAGGAACCAUAUACAGCUGAAGAGAUAGAGAAAAUCACUGAGGAAAAUCUGCCAUCACUUUUCAGCAAUUCCCCAACUUCAUUGGAUGUCCUAAAAGCAGCUAAGCACUACAAGUUAUAUCAGAGGGCUGCACAUGUUUACUCCGAAGCAAAGCGGGUACAUGUUUUCAAGGACACUGUAGCAUCGAAUUUAAGUGACGAGGAUAAGUUAAAAAAGCUGGGUGACCUUAUGAAUGACAGCCACUACAGCUGCAGUGUUUUGUAUGAAUGCAGCUGCCCAGAGUUGGAAGAACUUGUUAAAGUUUGCCGGGAGCAUGGUGCUUUAGGUGCAAGGCUUACAGGUGCUGGAUGGGGUGGUUGUGCAGUUGCUUUGGUAAAAGAGCCCAUUGUCCCACAGUUCAUCCUCAAUUUGAAGGAAAGGUUCUUCCAAGCAAGGAUUGACAAGGGUGUAAUUAACAAGACUGAUCUUGGCCUCUAUGUCUUCGCUUCAAAACCAUCAAGUGGGGCCGCCAUUAUCAAGUUUUAACAUCAAUUUCUUCAUUAACCUUCAGCGACAAACAUAGUCGGGUCUUUUUAUUAUUAUUAUUAUUAUUGUUUUGUCAAGGUACCUGUGAUUUAUUUUUACUAAAUAAAAGUUCAAUGCCUCCUUCUAAGAACUUUUUGUACAUGAUUAUGAGGCUGGGUUCCAGAGUGAAUAUCUUUUUUUCCCACUAAACGAUUAACCGUGUUCGGAAAAUAAAUAAAUUAGUUAGAUGCUCUUUCAUUGCC